AUGGGUGAGCCUGCCACCUCCGAUGAGCUGGACGAUUUUGGAGAGGCUUUGCGGCAUCCGAACGGGAGUUCAAUACUCGCUGCGAUUGGACGUGUAAGCCCUGCUGGCGGUCGGAUGGGUAAUUUGAUUAAAUUAUGUAAGGAGGCUUUUGUGGUGUCCGACGGGAGUUCAAUACUCACUGCGAUCGGACGGGUGUAUGUAAUUUACUUUGUCCCUAUUUAUUGUCCUUGUGUUUGCUGUUCUGUGCUUGUGCGUCUUGUUUCAUUCCUUGUUGUAUCCUGUCGGUUUCUGUAUCAUAUCUGGACAGAACUAGCUGAUAAUCUGAAAACUUCUCCUCGCCUCAUCAAAACUCAUCUACCUGUUCAGCUGGUGCCUAAGUCCUUCUGGGAACAGAACUCGAAGGUUGUGUAUGUAGCUCGUAAUGCGAAGGACAAUGCAGUUUCCUAUUUUCAUUUUGAUCGAAUGAACAAGGGAGAGCCUGAACCGGGAGACUGGAACAACUUUUUACAGAAAUUUAUGGAAGGAAAAAAAGUGUUUGGUCCGUGGUAUGACCAUGUCAGCAGAUGGUGGGAAAAGAAACAGACAUAUUCUAACUUACUGUACUUGUUCUAUGAGGAUUUGGUUGAAGACACAGGACGUGAGGUGGAACGUUUGUGCUCUUUUCUGGGAUUAGCAACUUCGGCUGAUGAGAGAGAAAAAAUAACAAAAGGAGUUCAUUUUGAUGCCAUGAAAAACAACAAGAUGACCAAUUAUUCUACAAUCCCAGUCAUGGACUUCAAGAUUUCACCCUUCAUGAGGAAAGGUAAAGUUGGAGACUGGAAAACUCACUUUACUGUGGCACAAAAUGAAGAGUUUGAUGAGGUCUACAAACAAAAGAUGAAGAACACCACUGUCAAGUUUAGGACCGAACUUUAAUGCUUGCUGAACAUAGCUCAACAAUAUUCACUAAUGCAGGGUCCUAAAGAUUAUUAUUCUUUUAAUUGACAUAUUAUAAUAAUUUUUGUUUAGUUAAAACACCCAGUUUAAUUUGCAAAGAUAGCAAGUAUGGCAAUCGUAGGCAUGAUUUUAAAACAUCAAAUGCUACAUAACAUUUGGCAACGCUUGUGUCACAUGCAUUAACAUGUUUAUUAAUGUGUUUUUUGUAUACAGAACCAUUGUGGG